UAAGAAACUUGCUAGGGUUUAUACUUCUCACUCUCUCUCUUUGGGCAGCGGCAGCGCACACAGUUUACGUAACAACUCGAAGAUGAAGACGAUUCUGUCCUCCGACACCAUGGACAUACCUGACGGGGUGAAGAUCAAGGUGAAGGCCAAGGUUAUCGAAGUCGAAGGUCCGAGGGGAAAGCUCUCCCGCAAUUUCAAGCAUUUGAACCUCGAUUUCCAGCUAAUUACUGACGAAGCCACCGGAAAGAAGAAGCUGAAGAUUGACGCGUGGUUCGGUAGCCGGAAGACAACCGCAGCUAUUCGCACCGCGCUUAGCCACGUGACCAAUCUGAUUAACGGUGUUACCAAGGGAUACCGUUACAAGAUGCGUUUCGUGUACGCUCACUUUCCCAUCCCAUCAAUCCUUACCAACAGCGCCACCGCUAUUGAGAUCCGUAACUUCCUUGGCGAGAAGAGGGUGAGGAAGGUGGAUAUGCUUGAAGGGGUUUCAGUUAUUCGGUCUGAGAAGGUCAAGGAUGAAUUGGUUUUGGAAGGGAAUGACAUUGAGCUUGUUUCUCGGUCUGCAGCCUUGAUAAACCAGAAAUGCCAUGUGAAGAACAAGGAUAUAAGGAAGUUCCUUGAUGGUAUCUAUGUCAGUGAGAAGGGAACUAUAGCUGAGGAAGAAUAAGCAGUUAGGUUUUAGGAAUUAUCUUUUCAUGGUUUCUUUUUUAACUGGUUGUUCCCUCUUUCUAAUUAAUGUUAUUCGGAGACUUCAUAUAGACAUAUUUGGAAAUGGAUUUACAAUUUUGUGUUUGGCAAACUGCCUAAUGGCUUGGUUGAUUAGCUCCUAUAGUUUUGAUCAUUUGAUGUCA